AUGCAUAAUACUGUUAAGAGAUAUGCGAAAUGUAAAGAUAGUAUUCCAAAAGAAAACAGGAAAAAAUAUAAAAACACUUUAAGAGAUAUUUAUAAGUAAUUUAUUUCUAUGGAAGAAAUUUAAGGUAAAAUCUAAAUUUUUUCAGAUCAAUAUUUCGGAGUUAAUUCUAAUGGAGAUGUUAAAAUAAAUGAAAAGUUCAUUUCCUAUUGUCUUGGUCUUGAUUAGUUUUAAAAAAUCGGAAAAGUUGAAAGCAAUAAGGAAUUCAAAAACUAACACGGAAAAUUUGUUGUUGAUUUACUUAAAACAGAUGAUGAUAUCAAAGAUUUCAUUAGAAUGUGGAGGUAAUAUUUUCUUGAUAUAAUGAAACCUUAAUUUAUGCCACCUGCUUGGAAUAUAAACCAUAAAUUUUGUAGAGAGUUCGGCAAAGGUAGUGUCUUUUAUUAAAACGAAUAAACAAUAUGA